CAUCCUCCUCCAACCUAGCCCAGACCGAUCAAGGCCCAACAGCCCAUCUCCGAUAUCAUCUCAUUGUAUCAAAUCCGGUCCUCAGUACCCGCGCUAUCCAACGAGCUCCAAACAACCGAAUCUCAUCUACCGGACAGAAUGUCUCACAUGGACAGCACCGUCGUCAUCGGGAGCAGGGCCCGCGGCGGCGGCGGCGGCGGCGGCGGCCCCCGCGAUGUCGUGGCGAGGACCAGGGCCGAGCAGAACGCGGCUGCUCGCUCAGGCAAUCUCACCGCGUCGAAGAAGAUGGGCUCCAUCAACGCGACCAACCAGAACCACCAGAAGGCCUAUAAAAUCGAAAACACCGAUCGCUUUGUGAUGGACGAAAAGUCCGACAACAAGGUUGAGCUCGAAAAAAAUCUCACGCGUCUCAUAAACGCCCUCGGCUUAUCCCAGUCUAAACUUGCCCAAGACGCAUCCGCCCUGGUCGGCCGUCUAUGGGUAAAGACUGGGAGCGGUUUGGAACACGACUAUCGAGCCAUCCGCAGCAUCGAGUUCAAGUACUGUUGGACGCUCAAUGGCCCUUGGGGCCCAAGGAAAAUAUCGAAGAAGCAGAAGGACAACGAGGCUCAGAUCCUUGAGUACCACGAGAAGCUGAAGGCAGUGAAGGUUGAUGGCGCGUCAAAGACUGAGGCGAAGCCUACUGGCGCGCCGAAGCUGAAGAUGGUGAAGCCUGCUGGCGCGCCGGUGCUGAAAAUUGUGAAGCCUGCUGGCGACGGGUCGAAGUAG